GGCAGGGCUGUGCCCUUUGUACCACUCGGACCCCCCAGGGCAGGGCUCUCUGUGUCCUCUGCCCGAAGCUCCAGGCGGUGAAGGGGCCCCCCUAUCUCUAGCUCUCCCUGGAUGGGCCUGGGACGGGGAGCCCCACCACGCGGCCCAGCCUGGCCCUGUGCUGCGGUGGCUGCCUGGCCCUUCUCCCCUCCCAGUGGAAAGCCUCUUAGAGGGGAUGGGGUUGGGGAACACUAAGCCCCAGGCUUGGGGGAGCGAGCUGUUGAGUGGCUGAUCUGCGGGAAGCCUGGGAGUCUUCAGCUGCAGCCCCCAUCGGGCUAGGCUUUCACAGGGGAGCCAGUGGGGCGGCCCGUCCCUGCAGGCCUCAGGAGAUGCGAGGCUGGACACCCAAACCCACGGGACAGCUCAGGUCCUGAGGGGCAAGGAGUAUCCUCCAGAGGGAGUCUUCCUGAAGUUAAGACUCAGGUGGGAACGACUCUAUUACCCACCCCUCAUCCUUCACGCCCCUUGCAGGAGGGGAGAUUCGGGAGGCGGUGACGAUGGGCACUAGAGGCCCUCGUCGGGGCCCUGGCCCCCCAGACGGCGGCUGGGGCUGGGCCGUGCUGGGCGCCUGCUUCGUGGUCACCGGUUUCGCCUAUGGCUUCCCCAAGGCCGUGAGCGUCUUCUUCCGCGCGCUUAUGCGCGACUUCGGCGCGGGCUACAGCGACACGGCCUGGGUAUCCUCCAUCAUGCUCGCCAUGCUCUACGGGACAGGCCCGGUGUCCAGCAUCCUCGUGACCCGCUUUGGCUGUCGCCCGGUGAUGCUGGUGGGUGGACUGUUGGCCUCGGCCGGCAUGGUCCUAGCAUCCUUUGCCACGCGCCUCCUGGAGCUAUACCUGACAGCUGGGGUGCUCACAGGCCUGGGCCUGGCCCUCAACUUCCAGCCGUCGCUCAUCAUGCUGGGGUUGUAUUUCGAGCGGCGGCGGCCUCUGGCCAACGGGCUGGCGGCGGCCGGCAGCCCCGUGUUCCUCUCGGCGCUGUCGCCGCUCGGCCAGCAGCUGCUCGAACACUUCGGCUGGCGCGGCGGCUUCCUGCUGCUCGGCGGCCUCCUGCUGCAUUGCUGCGCGUGCGGCGCCGUCAUGCGGCCGCCACCCGGGCCGCGGCCGCGCAGGAACAGCGCGGGCGACGCUCCCGGGGAGGUGGAGGCGGACAGUGUGGGACUGCGCUUGCGCGAGGCGCCCUCUGGUGGCCGGACCCGCCGGCGCCUGCUGGACGUGACCGUGUGCACCGACCGCGCCUUCGCGGUGUACGCCGUCACCAAGUUCCUGAUGGCGCUCGGGCUCUUCGUGCCCGCCAUCCUGUUGGUGAACUACGCCAAGGACGCGGGCGUGCCUGACUCCGAGGCUGCCUUCCUGCUCUCCAUCGUGGGCUUCGUAGACAUCGUGGCGCGGCCGGCGUGCGGCGCCCUGGCCGGCCUGGCGCGCCUGCGGCCGCAUGUCGCCUACCUCUUCAGCCUGGCCCUGAUGGCCAACGGGCUCACGGACCUGAGCAGCGCGCGCGCGCGCACCUACGGCGCCCUUGUCGCCUUCUGCGUCGCCUUCGGCCUCUCCUACGGCAUGGUGGGCGCCCUGCAGUUCGAGGUGCUCAUGGCGGCUGUGGGUGCGGCCCGAUUCCCCAGUGCGCUGGGCCUGGUGCUACUCCUCGAGGCUGUGGCUGUGCUCAUCGGACCGCCCUCUGCCGGCCGCCUGGUGGACGCGCUGAAGAACUACGAGAUCAUCUUCUACCUGGCAGGCUCUGAGGUGGCCCUGGCCGGGGUCUUCAUGGCUGUCGCCACCAAGUGUUGCCUGCGCCGCUCUCAGGACGCCACGCCCAGCCCAGGCACCAAGGGCGGGGCCAGCGACACGGAGGAUGCUGAGGCCGAAGUGGACUCUGAGCCCCUGCCUACCAGCGCCGAGGAGCCCGGUGGCCUCGAAGCCCUGGCGGUGCCGAGCCCAGGGACUGGGCCCUCGGAACCCGAGAUGGAGGCAGAGCCGGGGCUAGACUCCGAGUCUGUGUAGCGCGGGGGCACUAGGUGGGGUGGCCAGGGACUUCAGGAAUGGGGCUUCGCCUCUCAGAGCCCCGGCUGCCCCCACAGGGCCUGGCACACGGGAGGCUGCUCCGGUGGUCACCGCCAGGGUCCAUG